UUUCUCCGUUGUUCUUCUCGGACUUCACCCAAAUCCUAACCCUAGGCCUUAAAGAAGUGUUCCUACCAUGCUAACCGAUGCUCGUGAGGAAGAUAAUGGCAGUAGAGAUUUCAGGACUUUGAAUUUGUUCGAGAGGAGGUGUUUAGCUCCGCGGUCGCUUAAUAUCAGCAACGGCGGUGUCGACGAUGGUACUGCUCUUGUGCGGAGAGUACCGUAUCACAAGCUUCCUCAACAGUCACUCUUCAAGCUUUCUGUUCUUAAACUCGACGGUUCUCUAUUUGAUGUUCGAAUUGCAAAGAAUGCUACAGUAGCAGAGCUUAAACAAGCAAUAGAGGAACUUUUCUCCUCAGUCCCGGGGGAAGUCCAGGGCAACAUUUCAUGGUCCCAUGUUUGGGGGCACUUUUGCUUGUCUUAUGGAGGUCAAAAGCUAAUUAACGACAAGGCACGCAUCCAGAAUUUGGGCAUCAAGGACGGCGAUCAGCUUGAAUUUAGUAGGCACAUAUCCAUGAACCAUUCACCUCUUAGAAGACGAUCAAAAAACCAUAGUGCUCUUUCUAAAAGGCAGUUGUCAGGAUCAAAUGCUCAUCAAGAGAGAGAACAGAAUGGCAUGGAUUGUAAUGAUGUGAAUGAAAAUAGAGAUGAUAGACCAAGGUACCAUAAUUACGAAGAUGAGGAAGCACUUCCCAUCACUGAGUUCAAGUUAACUCGACUCUUCAAAGGGUGGCUGUCAAACUCUAGUUUCUGGGGUUAUUCAAGAAGGGUAUCAGAAGGCAGGAAUCGCCCUACAAGGUUUGCAUUGCAAUGUUUAGGAGGCAGAUCUUAGAUGAUACCAUAAGUUUAAUAAACAUAUAGACUGUAGAGCUAUAGUUGAGCUAGCAAAAAAUGCGUCACAGUUGUGACCUGGUCUAAAAUUUUGUUCAUGGACAUUCCAUGUCAGAUGACCUUGGAAUCAUUUAGGCCAAGUACCCGAGUAGUUGUAAUGUAAAUUCUUUCCCAGUUUCUCAUAAUCUUCAUUGUAGUUUUUUUCUUUUGGUACAUUAUGGGUUAUAUACAAUAGGAAUCAAAAAUUGUCCUUUCC